AUGGCAAUAAGUAGUAAACUACCAAUAUCAUUACAUAAGAAGAUUAUUGAGUUGUUAUGGAUCAAUCUGUGUGAGAGAGAGUUAAGAUGGCUGUUGUCAUUGGGCUUGGUAUCUCAUACAUACUUGAGAAUAGUGGCAUCACUCAAUACAUCAUUCGUAGGCGACGAUCAUACACUGUUGAAGCAUCACAGUGAACAUAGUAUCUUUACAAAGCUUGUGUCUGUGAGCGGUCCGCUCAAGAGCAUCGAGUUGAGCUGUCGUCAGUGUGCCGCCGACAAGGCGGGAGGAGAACCUGGCGACGAGGAAUGCUCCGUCGUGCCACCGGCCAAGCUCAGCAGAGAGAUCAUCGGAUACAUGGGUCAGACCGUCACAUCACUCAAGUGCUACGAGCAGCCCACCCUUUGGAAGCUGGUCCAGGGCGGACACAUGCGACUCACGCGUCUCAUCACGUCCUACAGCCCGGACAAGCACCCAUUACUCUGCGCCAACGUCCAAUGUGUCGCCAACACACUUCGACAUCUCGAGCUCAUGGUCAUCAACAAGUCGCAUGUCUCUAGCAUCGUAGAAGUCAAGGACUUUAUGCUUCUAGUCAAUUACAUUGCAUCAGAACUACCGCGAUCACUCACAUCAUUGUCCAUUGUGGAGUGCUCAACGAUCAAUCUUACAUUGUGUCUGGUCGAGCACGCUACCAUCACCGAGCGCUUCUUUGGCGGUCUCCUCGAGAUGAGACAACUCAACAGUCUGAAGCUACACCUCGGCUUGGAGAAGAUGGUCGCAAACUCUGAGGACUUCAACAGCAAGUUCCUUGCGUACCUCAAGACACAGCGCACUCUGAACACGCUGGACAUCAACUUCCCUACCAACGCACGAAUCACAAAGUACUUGUUGCAGUCGACCAAGUGCACGAUCAAUGACAUCCGAGCAAACAUGGGCUGGCUGGUGCCCGUCAAGCGCAAGAUCCAGCAUCUGGACCCCCGCGGCCUCUACGUCCAGCCGAACGACCCCAACACCAAGUUGAUCAUCGAGUCGAUCAACAACAUCAAGUCCAUCGCGCUGCUCGACACGGACGUGGCCAUCGCCACAACCAUCCUGCGCCACUGCACCGGCGUGGAGACGCUCUCAUUCAAGCUGCACCUGUUUGAGGAGGACCAUGGUGACAUGAUCCGCCUGUUCUUCGAGGCGCUACAACAGAACAAGACGCUGCAGUACAUCUACAUCGACUUUGAGAUGGACAUCAGUCCCACGUCCAGUCUGCUGCCGUACCUGCGUCUGUGCGAGAUCAUCCGUAGUCAUCCCUCCAUCAACAACAAGACCACGUGGCAAACGUACAUCAAGCCGCGUGAGAAGGACUGUAUGCGCCACUGUGGUGACAUUGGCGAUGACGAAGAGAGCGAAAGUGAUUCCGACGAUGGAGAUGAUUACUAUGACUACGAGGAUGAAGAUGAUGAUGAUGUAUACGACUAUUAUGACGAGUAUGGCUACGACCAUGAUAAUGUUUAUGAGGAUGAUUAUGAUGACGAAGAUGAUGAUGAUGAGUUUGGUGCUGGUAACAUUAACGACUCCUGUUAUGUCAAAGAUGGCAAGAUGAUGACCACCAAUCCCAUGGUGGCCAAAUACCUCCAGAUGUUCGCCGCCGCCACUGGCACCCAAGACUGUCUCACUACCAUGACCGAGGAAGAGUUCAAGAAGUACCAGGGACAAAAAGGAUCAAAGAGAUAG